ACAUUCUUCUAUUUGGAUACACAAAAUAAUUAAAUUAAUCCUAACAUAAAUUAACUAUUAUUUAACAUAUGAUAACUUAUAGCAACUUUAACAACAAAUAAUACCUCUUCAUUAGUAUCAUUAUUUGGAUUACCAGAAGUUCUUUCUAAUUGAACAGCUAACAUCUCAAGGUCUACUCAUGAACUUUUUUAUUACAGCAUUAUCUUAAUAAGAGAUUUUAGUUCAUCUACUUCUUUUUGCAUCACAUCGACCUUACCCUCUAAUGUUGCUUUCUUAGCUACAUGUUGUUGCUUAAGGGUGGUAAUUUUUUCAUUUUUCUUCAACAAAGUUGAUGUGGUAACUCUUCCGUGACAUCGCACUCGCCCCACAUUCUCUUUCCUAAAUAUGGAUUAAAAAGCUCUAAUUGCCGCUUCUUUAGACUUUUUAUUCUCAGCUGUUUUUAAACACAUGAACAGCUUUUUAGGCCUUGGAAUCAAGAGAAAGUGCCUCAAAAAACCUUUGCAGGCACAGAUUUUUUCUUCAACUUAUUAACUUUCGUAUCUACCUCAACAUUUUUUAUGUACCUGGAAGCUUCAUAAACUGGACAAAAUUCAUCAUCUUCAUAUAUAUCCCAGAACAAAAUGCAAUCAUUGGGAUAGGCAUGAAUUUUAUUAUAACAAAAUCCUAAAUCUUUUACCAUGGCCUUGAUUUUAUUGAAAGAUAAGGAAUAUUCAAAUGAGGAAUUACUUAUUUCAAUAAUUCAAGUAGAGCACCAUUUUAUUUUUGGCAAAAUUGAAGGCUCAAUAAUCCAUUCCAAAAUCACUACAAGAAACUACUAGAAUAGCGAUAAAAAAAAUACUGAUUUAGCGACCAAUAUAAGAUUUAUAGGAGUAAACAAAUUUUGAUCGCUAAAUCGGUCGCUAAGUUUCAUUCAGCGACCGAUUUUAGCGACCAACAAAAAUGAUCACUGAUAGCAAUCGAUUUGGCGACCGAUAAUAUUUUUCUUCGACUAAAAUGAAGUUGGUCACUAAAAUCGGUCAUUCUUUUUUAGUUUAGUGACCUAUUUAGCAACCAAAACAGAAAAUUUCGUCUUUGGUUCUUUUGGGCACAAAAUCGGUCGCUAUUUUUAAUUUAGCGAUCGAUUUAACAACCAACAAAAAAAUAGGCUAAAACUAGUUGGUCGCUAGUUCAGUCGCUAUGCUAAGUUAGUGAUCGAUUAUAGCAACCAAUUAUAAAAUGUUUUUUUAAAGAUGUUGGUCGCUAAAUCGGUCGCUAUUUCUGAAUUUAGCAACAGAAAUACAAAAAUAGUGUUAUAAAUUAAUCGGUCACUAAAUUGGUCUCUAGUUUAAAUAAAAGGAAGUUACUGAGUUAAUUUAACCUUAACCUAGCCACACCAUCCUCAGAUCCCUCACACUUCUCACUAACCCUAAUGUGAUCACCUCCGAAAGCACAACACCCUCUCCAUUUUGCGCCGUCACUGCCGUCAUCGCCGUUGCCGCUGUCGUCUACUACCUGAAGCCUACAAUCUUCUUUGUCACUAGCUCACCGUCUCUCACCUUUUUCUUGCUGUCAAGCUCUUAUGAUUUCUCUCACCUCGAUCUCGAUCUAACUCUAACGAUCUCUCUCACCUUGAUCUCGAUCUCACUCUCCGCUGUCGCCUCUAUCUCAUAUCGCCUUUCCUUAUUGCUCUGUCGCAAGAAGAAAAUAAGCAUACAAUUGUUGUUGCAGAACUUUGCUUCUUGUUGUUGUAUACAAUCUGAGGAAGGACUUGGUGCAUCAUGGAGAAUAUGAGUGCUUGCUGAACACCGUGGAAGCAUGUGUCAUUGAUGCAUGGCCUCAGUUGAAAACAAGGUUCAAUAAUAAGGAGAAUGUGAAUGGAUCAAAUGCAAGGAAGGAGAACCCUUUGAUUAUAUGGAACAAUGGUCCUAAUUUUGUUGGAUAUGAAGCCCCAAACCUUGAUGAUCGGGAAUAAGUCACUGUGAUUAUUAAGAAUGAUGAAGCUGCUGUUGAUGAGGGGCCUGAAGAGAUAGAUAACUACUAUGGUCAAGAUAAGGAUCUAAUUUCAUUAUGGACUCAACCAUUAGAAUGUGCAUUAGGACAGCUUCUGUGGCAGUUACAACUUGGUGAGCAUUUCUAUUUUCAAAGCUAAAAAGAAUGGCAACAAUGUUGAACACAUCAUUGUGUAUUUAUCAAAGCAGUAUGGAGUACAAUGCUUCCUAUGUGUGCCACUCUUUGUUUGCAUACUUUGACAGAGAUGACAUUGCUCUCAAGGGAUUUGCAAAUUGCAGGUUCUUUAAGGAAUCAAGUGAAGAAAAAAGAGAGCAUGCUGAGAAGCUUAUGAAGUAUCAGAAUAUUCGUGUUGGUCGAGUAACACUGUAUUCCAUCACCGGUGCUCCCUCAGAAUUUGCACAGGCUAAAAAGGGUGAUGCACUCUAUGGUGUAUCAAGUUGCAUUAGUUUUUCUUUUUUAACUAGUCAGAGCAGUGUGAAAAGCUUUCUGAUUCCAUAAGCACUCCUGACCAUGUUACUUUCAGAAUCUCAUUUUCUUAACUGCAUACAAUAUUAUGUGCUACUUUUUUGUAAAUCAGAAUAUCAAUGUAGAUUUACAGGCUUAGUGUUGUAAGAUAUAAGUAGUAAAUGUACCAUGUACCAUGAAUUUGGAUUGUGGAUUGUAAGCCCUCAAUGUACAUUUGAAUUGUAGAUAAUAAAUUUGAUGUAUUUAUGAAUUUUGUCUCUUUUAAUUUCUAUAUUUCGAUAUA